AUGAUUUUGUAUGAGGUUCUUAGGUUGUAUCCGCCAGUAACCUAUCUUACCAGAAGAACUUACAAGGCAACGGAGCUUGGCAGCAUCAAAUAUCCUAAAGGAGUGACCCUUAUUUUGCCCCUUCUCUUCAUCCACCAUGAUCCUGAUAUUUGGGGAGAAGAUGCAAGUGAAUUCAAUCCACAGAGGUUUGCUGAUGGCAUCUCGAGCGCCGCGAAGCAUCCGUCGGCGUUCUUCCCGUUUGGAGGGGGUCCACGGAUCUGCAUCGGCCAGAACUUUGCGUUGCUAGAAGCUAAGAUGGCACUGAGCACCAUCCUCCAGCGCUUCUCGUUUGAGCUCUCGCCGUCCUACACGCACGCGCCGUACACCAUGAUGACCCUCCAGCCGCAGCACGGUGCUCAAAUUAGGCUGAGGAAGAUAUGA